AUGUUGUCCAUGACCAAAGCUGUGGCCGGGUUCGUCCUGGCUACAACAGGAGUGCUCGCCCUCGACGGCGGCGCCGCCAUCGUGACACCAGCCCCUUGUGGAGGUGACAACCCCUGCGCUCCCCAGAUCUCGGCGGUGCCUGGUUGUGCUACCAGCUGCAUCGAGUCGGCCGCCAGCGAUCUUGGCUGUGUUGGCGACGAUUACAGCUGCCACUGCGCCAAGUACGACGCCAUUCAAGGGUCCGCCAUCAACUGCGUGAUAGGUGCUUGCGGGCUGGGGGGUGCCCUCGGGGUCCCUGGUGCUGUCGACGCCCUCUGCAGUUGCGUGACCGCUCACCCAGCGACUCCUUGUGAGGAGCCUACCUCGUCCGCCGCUUUGGAGACGACAACCUCAACCACCACCAUCGAUACCAACACCUCGACCCCCACAACCCCAAAGCCAACACCUACUCCCGCCUGCCCCGGCACCGAGUGUUCCUUCCCUAGCGCCGCAGAGCACGAAUGCGUCACCAGCUGCAUUGACACCGUCCUCCCCGAGUUCGGCUGCAACGGGCUCGAAGAUUGGAACUGCUACUGCAACAACUUCCGCAAGAUCAGCAACCGCGCCUUCGCGUGUGCCUACGCCUGCGGCGCCGACGUCUACGCAGCCUUCAACAACCCCGCCAGCCAAGGAUGCACCUGUCUGCUCAAAGAAUGCCCACCACGCUCCUCCUCCUCCCCCACCUCCUCCACCAUCGAAUCUUCCUCCUCCUCCACCACCAUCAUCGACCCCGAACCCACCCCCACCACAACAACAACCACCCCCCCACCCCCCACCUCAACCUGCACCCCAUCCGAUCCCUCCCCCUGCGCCCCCCUCAUAACCGCUAUCCCCGCCUGCGCCACCUCGUGCAUCGUGUCCGCCGCCUCCGCCGUCGGCUGCGGCGAUGACAACUUCGCCUGCCGCUGCUCCUCGUCCGACGCCAUCCAGCAGACGGCCAUCGGGUGCGUGCUGGGCGCGUGCGCGCUCGACGAGGCGCUGCGCGUGGUCGAUGCCGUGGGGGAGUUGUGCGCUUGCGUGACGGGGGAAGCAGGUCAGGGCCCGACGGGGUGUGGCGGUGGGGGGGAGGUGACGGUUACGGCGUCGGCGACGGGGGGUGAAGAGACUGGAACUUCGGCUGCCGUGACUAGUACUGGGGGUGGUGGGGCGUCGGGGAGCUUUGUUACUGAGACGAGGACGGUGGCGGUCACGACGUCGGUUUGUGAUGAUGAUGAUGGGACAGCGACUACGACGACGUCGAGGCCCACUUGUAGCUUGGGGUGUGGUGGUGAUGACGGUGGUGAUGACGGCGGUGACGGCGACGGAGAUGGUAGUGAUGAAGAGGGGGACGAUGGUGGUGAUGAAGAUGGUGAUUUUGGACCCGGACCGAGCCCGUCGCACUUCCCAAGUGGGAUUCCUGGCGGAGAGAACGAGGGUAACGACGGCGGCGAUGGUAGCGGCGCUGGUGGUGGAUCAACCACCUCACCGAAGCCUCCCAUCGAGACCGCCGGUGCAUCCCACGUUACGCUAGCUUGGAUUGGGUCCCUGAUAGCCAUGAUUGUUACGGCCGUUGCUCUUCUCUAA